ACUCCACGUUCCGCUACACCGGCAGCCCCGACAGCCUGCGCUCGCGGGCGCCCAUGAUCACCCCCGACCUGGARAGCGGCGUCAARGUCUGGCAUUUGGUCAAAAACCACGACCACGGUGACCAGAAGGAAGGAGACAGGGGCAGCAAGAUGGUGUCUGAAAUCUACCUGACCCGCCUCUUGGCCACAAAGACCUGCCUCCCCCUCCGCUUCUGGGUGAACGUGAUCAAAAACCCGCAGUUCGUGUUCGACAUCCACAAGGGCAGCAUCACGGACGCCUGCCUGUCGGUGGUGGCUCAGACCUUCAUGGACUCGUGCUCCACCUCGGAGCACCGCCUGGGCAAGGACUCGCCCUCCAACAAGCUGCUGUACGCCAAGGACAUCCCCAGCUACAAGAGCUGGGUGGAGAGGUAUUACGCCGACAUCGCCAAGCUGCCGGCCAUCAGCGACCAGGACAUGAACGCCUACCUCGCCGAGCAGUCGCGGCUGCACGCCRUGGAGUUCAACAUGCUGAGCGCGCUCAACGAGAUCUACUCCUACGUCAGCAAGUACAGCGAGGAGCUCAUCGGGGCUCUGGAGCAGGAUGAGCAGGCUCGGAGGCAGCGCUUGGCGUACAAAGUAGAGCAACUCAUCGGGGCCAUGUCCUUCGAGAGCUGAAGAAAGGUCACGGGCAGCAAAGGGCAGAGGAUCGCACGGACUCUCGGGAAUUCGGAGGGAGAACAAGCAAGGGAGGCACUGGACACACCCCCAAAGGGUUGGGAGUGUUCAAAAACCACACAGGAUCCGGUUUGGAAGGGCAGGAGGAGAAGAGGAUGGAACAUCUCGAUCAAAGUCCAAGCAAGGGGGAUCGUUUUGUCGAGCAUACGUGAAAAGAAGGAGCCUGGAAAGUCUGGAUGUCUCCACGACUGCUGCUUUGCAUGAGAAUUGUUUAAUGUAUAUUAGAAAAUAAAACUUUAUUUAAAGGGUUUUUUUAAAAAAAAAAAAAAAAAAAAAAAAAAAAAAAAAAAAAAAAAAAAAAGAAGAGAUAGAGCAAAAACCACAGAGGCCAUAGAGAUAAUCCUGACAGGAAGGAUCAGCUCUGAACCCUGUCCCCAAGAGCCUUCCUAGGACACGGCUCAGGCAUUCUGAGAGAGGACUCUCCCGCCAACUGGAACAUCUGGAAAACAGAAAUGUCUUCGUUUUGGGAUCUUACAACAAAUAUGAGCACAAGUUUGCACCACACCUUUUUACACAAGUGAAAUAGCAGUUUCAGCCCGAAAACAGCCCAGUGGCUGAGUAACUUAGAGGCACGAGAAGGAACUUUACCUGAAUUGCARAACCAUCAGACCAUCCAUCUUGAAAUCCAGCUUCAUCCGUGUAUUUAUAUAGUGU